AUGCUCAACUCAAAGGACUUGGUGACACUGUUGACAUUGUUGUCUGAGGAGGAUAAACCAUUAGAGACAGUGUCAACUACGUUCAAUCGUACAUUUGCAAAGAAUGAUCAUUUUAAGAUAGGCUGUGCAGUAUAUACUAUGUUAAAGGAUGGUUUCAUACGUGUACCUUCACAUCGUUUAAUAGCAUUCUAUAUAUUAUAUAGUUUAUAUAAUCAACAACAUCAAUUAAUUGCUGCUCAACAACAACAACAAUCAUCAUCAUCGUCGGAUAAUACUGAAUCAGCUCAAUACUCUACAACAAUACUUGAGUAUCCUAUAAUAUUCAAUCCUUUCUUACCUGUCUUUAUCGAUGAGUUGGAGAAACACUACAAUCACAACAAACAACAACAACAACAAAGUAGUCAACAACAAUAUCAUACAUCGAUAUAUAACAACUCUGUUGAGCGAGCAUAUCUCAUCCAAUUCCUUACUCAUUUGCCAAAGGAUUUCUCAAAGAAGACAUCAAACGAUAUUGAUCAGCAAUACAGGAACAGCAACAACAACAAUGAAUCACAAUCAGCACUACCAGCGCUGAAUGACUAUCGACAACUUUAUCUCGAACGCUUGGCGCAUCACUCAUUCCCAUCGAUAUUGAGUAUCGGUGUCUCGCCAACACUAUUCUUCCCAGAGCAACCAAGCAGUGCUCUGCCACCUCAACAACAACCUCUUGAUACUCAGACGACUACAACUUCAUCAUCAUCCCCAACCCCAACAAGUAACCGUCAAACAAAGAACGCCAACAAGCAACAGCAACAGCAGCAACAACAACAACAACCUAAACUCAAUGAUGUCAAUAUACUACCGAUGGAACUUGACCUCUUCUCAUUCGAACCAAGCUAUAGUAGACCUGCUCCACCUCUAUACGAACAUCCCAAUUUACUUUGGAUCAAUACAUCAAUCAAUCAUGGUCUACUGUUGAGUCCAACGAUGGGCUUCUCAUCAAUCACCAAUCCAAAGAAGGUGGUACGUGAUUUGAUGUCCAAGGCCAUCAGGGGCAGACUAAGGAAAUCACAGAUACAGCAGAUCAAGGCAGAGCUGGACCUGGACCCCAAGAUGGUGCUCUACUCUGGACUGGUGCCAAAGAAGCUGCCCAACCUCGUGGAGAACAACCAGGAGGUGGCCAUCGAGGCGAUGCUCAAGCUGAUCCACUCGCCCGACUUUAAGGACUACUUCCAGGAGUUGAUAUCGAUGGAGAUGAACUACCGCUCGAUGGAGGUGGUCAAUGCGCUGGCCACCUCGGUGGAGCUGCCCAGCCACUUCAUCCCGAUGUACAUCAGCAACUGUAUCAACACGUGCAACUACUGCAAGGACAAGGCUAUGCUGCAGCGCUCUGUGAGACUGGUCUGCGUCUUUAUCCAAUCACUCAUACGCAACAACAUCAUCAACAUCAAAGAUCUGUUUGAAGAGGUCCAAGCCUUCUGUCUCGAGCACUCCAAGAUACGUGAAGCCAUUGGUCUAUUCAAGUUGAUGAAUGAGGAGAACCUUGGUAAUGGUAACAACAACAACAGCAACAACAACAAUGGUGAUAACAACAACAACAAUAACUCUUGA